CAGUUCUCUAUACAUCCUUCAAUCAAUAGGAAUGAUGCGGUGCUGGUGGAAGAAAUCACCAAGGUUGUGUUGAUGAGGUUGAGUAAGCUCAAGAAUUCACCAGUUAAAUCAAAAGAACUUGUUGGAAUUGACAAAUCUAUUUCACAUUUGAAAUCAUUGUUAAAGAAAGAGUCACAAAAGGCCCCUGUUAUCGGAAUUUGGGGUAUGGGUGGUAUUGGCAAGACAACUAUUGCAAAAGAAUUAUUUGACCAAAUUUGUUCUGAAUAUGAUGGUUGUUGUUUCUUGGAAAAGGUAAGUGAAGAGUUAACAAGACAUGGAAUGGAUUCUUUAAAAAAUAAACUUUUUUCUAAACUAUUGGCAGAAGAUGUGAAAAUUGAUACACCAAAUUGGUUGCCUAGUGAUAUUGAGAGGCGGAUUGGCCGCAUGAAGGUUCUUAUCGUUCUUGAUGACGUCAAGGGUACAGAUCAGCUGGAAAAAUUAUUUGGAAGUUGUGAUUGGUUUCAAUAUGAUAGUAGAAUAAUUUUAACAGCCAGAGAUAAGCAAGUACUUAUUGCUAAUGAAGUUGAUAAAGAUGAUCUGUUUGAGGUUGGGGUAUUGGGUCCUACUGAAGAACUUGAGCUUUUCAAUUUGAAUGCCUUUAAACAAAGUGAUCUUGAAGUUGAUCAGUUUUGUGAUGUAUCAAAGAGGGUGACCGAAUAUGCCAAAGGAAUUCCAUUAGUUCUUAAAGUUUUGGCUAAUAUGCUUCGUGGAAAAAAUAAAGAAGUAUGGGAAAGUCAGCUAGACAAACUUAGAAGACUGCCAGUUCAAGAAGUUGAUAAAGUAAUGAGACUCAGUUAUGAUGAUCUUGAUCCUUUAGAGAAGAAGUAUUUUUUAGAUAUUGCAUGUUUCUUCAAUGGGUUGAGUUUGAGAGUGGGUUACAUAACACUUUUAUUGAAAGAUUCUAACAGUGAUAAUUCAGUGGCUGCUGGGUUAGAAAGCUUGAAAGACAAAGCUCUUAUAACUAUUUCUGAAUAUAAUGUUAUAUCUAUGCAUGACAUUCUACAAGAAAUGGGUCGGGAGGUAGUUCGCCAAGAAUCUAGAGAACACCCUGAAAAACGCAGUCGAUUAUGGAAUCCUGAUGAAAUUUAUGAUGUAUUGAAAAAUGACAAGGGUACUGAUUCUAUAAGAAGCAUAAGUCUGCGAACAAUGAGGAAGCUCGAGUUAAGCCCUCGUGUAUUUGAUAAGAUGACCAAACUUCGAUUUUUGUAUUUUGGUGAUAUAGAUAGUUUCAAUUGUCUUCCUCAAAGGUUUCAAUCUUUUCCAACUAAUCUAAGAUAUCUUCAUUGGAUGUAUUGUCCUCUAAAAUCAUUCCCAGAGAACUUUUCUGCAGAGAAUCUUGUUAUAUUGAACUUGUAUGAUAGUAAAAUGGAAAAGCUUUGGCGUGGAGUGCAGGAUCUAAUUAAUUUAAAAGAAGUUAGAUUCACUAAUUCAAAAUUCUUAAAGGAGUUACCAGACUUUUCAAAAGCCACAAAUCUGAAGGCAUUUCAUAUCAAAAUCUGUAAAGAGUUGAUAAGCGUCCAUCCAUCUAUUUUCUCUCUUAACAGGCUUGAGCAAUUGGGUCUAUCGUGGUGUCCCAUCAAUGCACUGCCAUCAUCUUUUGGAUGUCAAAGCAAUCUAGAAACCCUGAAUUUAAGUUACACUAAAAUUGAGAGCAUACCUUCAAGCAUCAAGGAUCUUACAAGACUAAGAAAAUUAGACAUACAAGGUUGCAAAAAGCUUCUGUCUCUACCCGAGCUUCCUUCAUCAGUUGAAACUCUACUUGUUAGCAGCUGUAGAUCACUGAAGACUGUAUUGUUCCCUUCAACAGUUGCUGAACAAUUCAAGGAAAACAAGAAAAGUGUUGAGUUCUGGCAUUGCAAGAACUUGGAUGAAAGUUCUCUCAUAAAUGUUGGGUUGAAUGUUCAAAUCAAUUUAAUGAAGUAUGCUAACUUUGGUUCUGAUGAAGCAAUGUAUGUGUAUCCUGGAAGUAAUGUUCCAGAGUGGUUUGAGUACAAGACAACAAAGGAUGACAAGAUUGUUGAUCUCUCUCCACCUCACCUCUCCCCCUUGUUGGGCUUUGUUUUUUGCUUUGUUUUUAAAAUUAUAAAAAGAUCACCUAUCCAUUAUUUUACCCAAAUGGAAUUUAACAUCAGUACAAUUGAUGUUGAGGGUGACGGUGAAAAGGAUGGUGUUGAUAUCUACAUGCGUGGGCCAUCCCUUCUUAAAUCAGAUCAUGUGAGCAUGGUAUACGAUCAACAAUGUUCUCAAUUCUUAACUAAAAAAGCAAAAAAUCAGGCAAGGUUUAAAAUCAAGGUUACAGUAAGGGCAAUUGGAUUUUCCUGUGAUUUAAAUCAUGUGGAAUUAAAAGGGUUUGGCAUGAGCCCUAUAAACCAGUCAACAUAUCACAAUUUCAUUCAACAAAUGGAAUACGAAUGUGCUGAAGGUGAAAGGAACAAAGGAAAUAAAAGAAAAAGAAAUUUGAGGCGAGAAAAGCCUUAA